AUCAUUUAUCCAAAAAUUAAAAAUUAUUGAUUUUAUGGACAUUAUCAAUAACUUCAAAAAAUCUGAUAAUAUCUAUAUAUUUAUUCCAAAUUUAUUAGGUUACAUCAGAAUUAUAUUAGCAAUUUUUUCUAUAUGGUUUAUGCCUUAUGAUUACAAAAAAGCUAUCAUAUUAUAUGUUUCAAGUGAAUUAUUAGAUGCUUUUGAUGGUUAUGCGGCCAGAUAUUUUAAACAGAGCACACAUUUUGGGGCAAUGUUAGAUAUGUUGACUGAUAGAUGUUGUACACUAGUUUUAUUGACUGUUUUAUGCUCAUUCUAUCCCAGAUGGGCCUUUCUUUUUCAACUCAGUAUAUGCUUGGACAUAUGUAGCCACUGGAUACAUAUAUAUAGCUCUAGUUUAGUUGGCAAAACUCAUAAAACUAUUUCACCAAGUGGUAAUCGAUUUAUGAAAAUUUAUUAUUCAUCACGGGUGUUACUAUUUUGUAUGUGUGCUGGAAAUGAAUUAUUUUAUGCCUCUUUAUAUUUAUUAAACUUUAACCUGGGACCUAAAGUAAUGGGUAUCCCAUGUUGGCUCCUAAUGUUGUAUAUGACACUACCAAUUUGUAUUGCUAAGACUAUCCUCAAUUUAAUUCAAAUGAUCAAAGCUUGCCAAUUCAUUGUAGACUACGAUGUAAGUGAAAGGACGAAAAAAUAAAUGUACAAAAUAAACUAUAAAUGAUAAAGUUUAGAUGUUAUUUACAUAAUGUAUAUAUUAUUUAUUUUUUCUUCGAAUAAGAAUAUUAUUAUAUAAUUACAUUUUUUUAUUUAUUUUAUAUGUGAUUACACUUAAUAUUUUAUCUCAAGAUAAUACCAAAAAAUAACUCAUAUCUCAUUUCAGCUUAAUAAUUUAUAUUAUUUAUUAAAAAAAAAUGUCAAUCAAGAAAUACUAUUUUUGUCGUCAUUUAUAAUCUUGUUUUUUUAAAAAAAAAUGAAUUUAUUUAUUUUAAUAUUUGUGCA